AUGUCCCUCUUCAAUACAGCAACCGAAGCUCUCUCGGAUACAACGGAUACCCUGACCGGCACAUCGGAUAGGUUGACCCGCACGACGCCAAGUGGUGCCCCAGCGAGGGAACCGACACCUGAUUCAGCGACUCCAGCCCAGACUCCAGCGUAUUCAACAAGGACGCCAACACCGGUACCAGGGACCGCAAGGUCACCACCAGAGACUGCUGGAGCACCAGAAUCGUCGAUCACAUCUGCAGGUUCAUUACCUCCACCUCCGUCGCCGGUGAUCGAGGUGGUUAGUGACACGUCCGCCCCCGAAUCCGAUAGCUCACCAGGUACUGCAGUUUCAGUCACCACAACGGUGACGGCUCCACCGCUUUAUAGUCCUAGCUCCAGCUUGGAUGCUGGUCCUGCUGCAUCGUACGAACCUUCUUCAGCCGCAGCGAGUGCGAAUGCCUCGACAACGGUUGUAAUAACCGUGAGCUCCCACUCGGGUGAUGGUGAAGCUGCCUCUUCGGGGUUUAUCGUAGUGCAAACCGACGAUGGCGGUCUGGACACUGGUAGUAUCCUGGGUGUGGUUGCAGGCUCCAUUGCAGCAGUUUUGCUGGCUAUAGGGGUUAGUUGGUGGCUUUGCCGCCGCAGGAGAAGCAAGAGGACUGCCGGGUCGUCGUCCUUUGAAGCUUCUUACACUGUCGGACCCUUCACGGUACCUGCGGCGGACCCGAUCACGCUGGAAAGCUACACGCCAGCAGCUGCAACUACUAUCCGGGACCUGGACUGUAUUGAUCGGACUGUAGAUCUCGACAGCACAGUAAACCUGGACUCGACCCUGCGGCUCGAGAACAGCGCGACGUUGAUUCCGACCAAGAAAUCGUCCAAGUCGAACUCGAGCUUAUCGGAAGACGAAGUCAUUACAGCAGCCCGGAUUCCGCUGGAGAAGCUCCUUCGAAAGGAGCUCAUCAAUGAAGGAGGACAUGGAGCAGUGUACAAAGGAUUGUACCGUGAUGAAGACGUGGCAAUCAAGGUGCUGCUGCCCGAGAAGCGGAAAGACAUGUGUCAGAUCAACCUCUUUCUGGCUGAGAUCAAGAUGAUGGCAAGUGUCGAGCAUCCCCGAAUCGUGCGUUUCGUUGGGGUGGCGUGGGAUGCAUUGAGCGAUCUCUGUGCUGUCUCCGAGUUCAUGCCAGGAGGCGACUUGUUCACACUAUUGAGACGCUUUGACCGCGUCGAGCACCGCGUCCAAGGGUUUGACCUUGACAAGGCCACGAUCGCACUUCACGUGGCCCAAGCACUGACGUAUUUGCACUCUUUGGACCCCAUUGUACUACACCGGGACCUCAAGUCAAUGAACAUUCUGCUAUCAGAAGAGCUCGAGGCGAAGCUCACGGACUUUGGUGUCUCGCGCAAGUUCACCGUGAACACAAUGACAGCAGGUGUCGGUACAAGGCGCUGGAUGGCACCUGAGGUCAUGAUGGGGAAGCGCUACAACACGAGCGCCGACAUCUUUUCCUUCGGGGUGGUCCUGUCCGAGCUCGACUCGCACCAGCCUCCAUAUGCCAGUGCCAUUGCUACUAUCACUGCUGAAGCAGGCGAGAAGGUAUCCGAGACAGCGCUAAUGGAGAUGGUAGCGAUGGGCCGCGUCCGAGUGGAAUUCUCAGCUCAUACACCUACGGCACUGGUGGAAUUAGGGCACGCUUGUGUGGCCGUGGACCCUACGUCAAGACCUGAUGCUGCCAACGUGCACUAUCAGUUGCAGAAACUUUUACGCAAGUAUCAGCAGUAUACGCUAUAG